CACACAGUUAUACUGGGGCUGCUCGCGCCGGGCGGAAGCCUCAGCCCAAAAAAACACCCACGCUGUCCCGACUUGAAUAUGUCCCAGCCUCAUUCAAAACUUCUAAACUAACUCGCCGGUUGUCACCGUGCGUCGCCUCCGUGUGGGACUACAGCCUCUUCAAAGUUCUUCCCGAGAGCGUCUCUCUUUUCUUUUUUUUAAACCGAUUGUGGAAUGCUGCUGGACGAAACUCCGCUGUUUGAGCCCUCUCUGCUUCAGGAGCUGGACUGGAAUGGCAACACUGUGUCUUUCUCUCCGCCCAUCUCCCCAUCCAGCCCAGGAGAAGGCCUGGUGCUGAGGCCGCUGCGUAUGGCCGACUUCAGUAGAGGAUUCUUCAAGGUUUUAUCUCAACUAACGCAGACAGGGGAUGUCACACCAGAGCAGUUCACGAAAAAGUUUGAGCAUAUGAAGGAUACGGGGGACUACUAUGUUGUGGUGGUGGAGGACACAAAUCUGGGACAGAUUGUUGCUACCGCCACAUUGAUCACAGAACACAAAUUCAUCCACUCCUGUGCCAAGAGAGGCCGGGUGGAGGAGGUAGUAGUCAGUGACGUGUGCAGAGGGAAGCAGCUGGGCAAACUGUUAGUUUCAACUCUUACUCUUCUCAGCAAAAAACUGAAUUGCUAUAAAAUCACACUGGAAUGUGCACCCAAAAAUGUAGCUUUCUACCAAAAGUUUGGCUACGGUGCUUCAGAAGAGACCUACAUGCAGUGUCGAUUCCUUGACUGAGGACAGCAUCACCUUUAAACCUGUUUUGGGGAUAACGGACUGUAUCUUUUAUACACGCAGCGAUUUAAGUUCUCCGCCGCAAUGACGGAUUUUCAUCAAGUCGGAUUCUAAGAGAGGCACGGGGGUCUGCUGGCGGGGCUCCUCUUUGCGUGCACUUCCUUUCCUGAGAGCAGAGCCUGCACUGGAAGCAACCCCACAGAGGAACCCUGCAGGCAAACCGUCUUGCAUAGAGGCCAAAGGCCGGGGGGGGGGGGUGACAGCAAGGGAGCCCGGCAGCUGUAUGAAACAUGUAGAAUUUAAAAGGUAAACAGACAGUUAAUGACCCCAAUGCAAAUUCUAUGUAGACUAAGGGUGUGUAGCUACUGUAUGCUUUUUCCUCAGCUUUUUUUUUUACACUUCAAUCCCUCAACACACGUUGACAUCAGCACUCGCAAUUACAAAAUGUCUUAAGAAAUGGUGCCGUGAGUGAUGAGUUUGUGGGCGUGACGGUGCUGAGUCAUUUCUGAACACUCAUCCUAUUCCAGCUCAUUUUGGUAAACAUGAAUGUAUGUUGAAGCCCUCCGCCCAGUCCAACAUCAUCCUCUGUCCUUCUGGUAAACAUGGCUACCUCAUGUGGGCGGAGCUCUAACAUUGUUUUUCCCAAAUAUCUGCAACAACCACAAAACUAUAGGUAAAUAUGGUUGGGAGAACAAGAUGGUCCCAAUGGAACUAAAUAACACCAUCAGUACGAAACCAAUUAUGCUAGAAGGACUUGCCCCCUUGAUUCAGACGUUUCCUCACAUCUGUUGUAUUGAUCAUCAAGGGUGGGUCACCAAAGAAUAUUAACUUCUUCUUCUUUAAAUGCGAUUUGGAAAUGACUUUCUGAGAGAAUGGGGUUUACUUGGUUUCAUUCUUUAGUCCUCUUAAAACAAAGUGUUCGCUGACUUUUCUUUCUCUGACGGUACUAUUGCUGGAUUAUUGUGAAGGAUUAAAUACUUUGAGCAUCAAGCCAUGAGACUUAAAAAGAACAUUUACAGUGAACAAAAAAAAACGGUUUGGAGGGGUAGUGCAAAGGAAUUAAUAAAGUUUUGUAUUCAGUUGAUAAUCACAAUCAGCAGAGAAACACUUUGUGAUGAAAAAAUGGGUAACCAUGAUUUUUGUAAGCAAUGUCUUAUUUAAGCUUUUGUAGUUACGUUUUAUAACUAUGCUGUUAUUCUGGAGAAAAGGGGGAACAUAUUUAAUGUAAUUUAUUCCCAAAUAUGUAAUAGCCAAAAUAAAAUAUUCUAUGAUCAACA